AAUCACUGCCUGUUUGCCCUCCCCCCUGCGCUGGCCCGGCUGCCUCGGGGUGGGGGAAGUCGGGGAGGGGGCGAUAAAAUGGCGCAGGGGGCGGAGUGAGGCGCAGUCUUUCGCCCAGGCUUCGGCCCCGCUUCCGGAGGAAGGUGGGAGUCAAUCAUUUUGACAAGUCUCCUGAAAGGAACAGCUAGCGGGAGCUGAAACCUUUUUCCAUUUGGUCUCGUGGCAAAGAGAUCACACCAGCAGCUCCACACAAUAUGACGUGCUCACUUGUGCCCUCUGAACAGUCUUCUGGAACUUCUCUCUUGCCUAAAGACAAUGCCCCAUUUUCUUGGGGUUCCUUGGAUGAGGAUGGAUUGGAUGACUCCUUGCUGGAUCUGUCUGAGGGAGAAGAAGAUGAUGGCCAUUUUAGUUUCACAGAGGAAGAUAUUCAGGAGCUCUUGAAGGAUGAUGACCUUAAAGAUGAUAGCAGGCGUGUUGAGAAGGGAGGGAAAGGGAGUCAAAUUCUAUUUGAUACUUCCCAAGAGAAAAAUUCAUUGUAUAGCUUGGGACCAGUAGCUGAGACCCCUGGCCUCUUGAAACUACCUCAAUUAAGUACAUCAGUUGGUCAUGGACCAACUCCUACUAAACCAUUAAACAGACACUCUGCACUAGAAAAGAAUCCUAUAAAAAUAACAGUUACACCGUUUGAUCCAACAGUUUGUGAUGCUGUGCUUGAUAAGGACAAGACUGAUUCAUCCAAAGAUACUGAAAAACCCUCCUCCCUUGGGGAAGAGAUGAGAAAAGAUGGUCUUAGCCCAGAUGAGAGCAAACUCUGCACUGAGUCUAAAGGGAUCAGUCCCAGUAAUUCUGCUUGGGAUGUGCCCCCACUCUCUUCUCCUUCAGACAAUGACUUUGAACAAACUGUGUCUGAUAAAAAUAUAUCUGACGGUAAGAAAACUACACCUGUGUUCUCUCAGAUCUUGGACCAUUCAGAGACUCCGAAUACGGGGUCUUCCUGGAAAAAUGGAUCAAAUAAAUCAAAUUGUGAAGUGAGGUUUCCGGUUGUUUCCAGUUCAUCAAACAAACAGGAUGUUCUUGACAAGGAUUCGGGGAAGCUGAAAGUCAAUGAGAGAAGACUAGGCAAAGUCAUUCCUGUUCUGCAAGCCAAAACAAGGACUAAUGUUCCGACGUUUUCACAAUCAGAUCUAGAAAAGCAGAAGGAAAGUUAUCUCAAGGAAGUCAUUGCUCAUAUAGAACACCCGAAGGACACUAACCAAGGAUGAAUACCUAGAAGUGGAAUUGCUGGGUAAAGUAUAUAAAUAUUUUAAAAACCUCUGUUACAUGUUACCAGAUUGUCCUGCCCCCAAAAAUUGUAUUAAUUUUUUUGUCACCAGUUUGAUAGGUAAAUUUUAACAUAUUUUGUUUUAAUAAUUAGUGAGGUUAAACAUUUUUUAUUUAUUUAUUUUUGAAAUAUAUAUUUAAUUAUAAUUUUUAAAAAUCAUUUAAUAUCUAGUUUAUAUUCCAGUUUCCCCAGUUGUCCCAAAAAUGUCUUCUUGUAAAUUGUUCAAACAGGAUCUAAUCAAGGUUCACGUGUUUAAUUAUUGUCUUCUUAGUCUCUCUUAAUCUAGGUCACUUGUUUUGUAGAUUGUCUCACAUUCUGAAUUGUGUCUGAUUGUUUCCUUGUGGUGUCGUUUAACUUGUUCCUCUAUCCCCCUGUAUUUCCCGUAAACUGGAAGUUGGAUCUAGAGGAGGGAUUAGAUUUAGAGUAAGCAUUUUUGGCUGGUAUAAUUUAUAGGUACUGUUGUCUAUUUAUCCUGUAUCAGAUUAGGGGGCAUCACCUAAUGACAGGGUGUUCUAAUAGUGAUGCUAAGUUUGAUUACUUUGUUAAAGUGUUAACUGCCAUGGGGCGCCUGGGUGGCUCAGUCAGUUAAGCAUCUAUCUUUGGGUCAAGUCAUGACCCUAGGGUCCUGGGAUCCAGCCCUGCGUCGAGCUCCCUGCUCAACUUGGAGCCUGCUUCUUCCUCUCCCUCUGCCUGCCGCUCCCCCUGCUUGUGCUCUCUCCCUCGCUCUCUCUCUGUCAAAUAACUAAAGUCUUAAAAAAAAAAAAAAAAUGAAGUGUUAACUGCCACAUCUUUCCAUUAUAAGGCACAUUUUCCCCUUUGUAAUUAGUAAGUCAUCUGUGGGGUAUUGCUUCAGUAUCAUUUGAAUAUCUUGUUCCACAGCAGUUCUUAAUUAUUUGAAUAUUCAUUGAUGAUCCUUACCUAAAUCGGCUACUAUACAGAGAGUUGUAUAGAAAGUGUUCAUUUUCUAAAUAUAUAAUUUCUUUUACAAUGAUUACCUACCAUUCUUCUAUGAAGAUUUUUUUUAGUAUCACUAUUACCUCAUAGAUUUUUUUGUUUGUUUGUUUUUUUUGUUUUGUUUUUUUUGAGAGACAGAGAGCAUGAGAGGGAGGAGGGUCAGAGGGAGAAGCAGACUCCCUGCCGAGCAGGGAGCCCGAUGCGGGACUCGAUCCAGGGACUCCAGGAUCAUGACCUGAGCCGAAGGCAGUUGCUUAACCAACUGAGCCACCCAGGCGCCCCUUACCUCAUAGAUUUUUAAAAAUUAAUGUGUUAUAGUUGAUAAUAGUCAUUACUUUUUUUUGAUGCUCUGUUUGUCUCAAAUUUGACCAAUGGGAACUCCUUCCUUCAAGUGGGCUCCUGUGUCUACUGACAUGACUCUAUUAAUCUUUUUUUUAAAAUUGUGGUAAGCAAAAUAACAUAAAAUUCACCAAUUAAACCAUUUUUAAGUGUGCAGUUCAGUAGUGUUAAAUUUAUUCACAUUAACUUUUUUUAUCUUGCAAGUCUCAAACUCUAUACAUACCAUUAAAAAACGACUAGCCUUUUUCCCUUCCCUGUAGUCCCUGGUAAACACCAUGCUACUUUCUGUUUCUGUGAAUUUGCCUAAAUAGAUACCUCAUAUAAGUGGAAUCAAACAGUACUUUUUAUGACUGGCUUAUUUCAUUUAGCAUAAUGUCCUCAAGGUUCAUCUGUGUUGUAGCAUGUGCCAAAUUUCCUUCCUUUUUAUGGCUGAAUAAUAUCCCAUUAUAUGUAUAUACCACAGUUUAUCCAUUUAUCCUUCAGUGGACAUUUGAGUUGCUUCUACCUCUUGGCUGUUGUGAAUGAUAAUGCUUUGAACAUGGGUGCGCAUCUGCUAGAGAUACCUAUCUCCUCAAGACCCUGCUUUCAGUUCUUUUGGAUAUGUACCCAGAAGCAUUGUUAGAUCAUAUGUAGUUCUACUUUGAAUUUUUUGAGGAAACUCCCUCCUGUUUGACACAGUGGUUGUACUAUUUUACAAUCCCACUGACAGUGUAUAAGGGUUCCAGUUUCUCUACAUCCCCACCAACGCUUGUUAUUUUCUGUUUUCUGGUGGUAGUUGCCCUAAAUGGUGGUUAUAUCCAUAUCCAUCGGUAUUAUAGCUAUGCAAAUAUUGCUCACUGCGAAGUCAGAUAGUAUACUAUGGUUUCAUUUUCUCGAAUCUGUUUUUCUGAAGUAGUUAAUUACCACACUUGUUUUUUUAAACUAUAAAUUAAUUUAUCCUUAAUUUUUUUUUACAAAUGUAACUUACAUCCUUAUCUAUGUUGUCUGUGUGUCUGUGUCGUGCCCCCUCCCCCCCAAAUGCCCAGACAUACCCAGUAAUCUAUCAAUUCCUUUAAAAUUUUUUUCUGGAGACCUUUCUAGAGCCUUGUGUUCUGCUCCAAUCUAUACUGCUUGUUCUGUAGCCUUGCUGCAGAGCUAUCAUCCUGGUGUUUCCCUUUGCUGCCUUCCUGGAUUGAAUCCUGUUCUGGAUCCCCAUUUCUUCCUUUUGAUCUAUUUUAGUGGAGCACAUUCUUUGAGAAUUUCUAAGAAAAUGAUGGAUAAAUUUGGGUGGCCCUUCCAUAUCUGAAAACAUCCUUAUCCUCAUACUUGAUUGGUAGUUUGGUAUAGAAUUCUAAAUUAAAAGUCAUUUUUCCUCAGAAUUUUGAAGGCAUACAUCUAAUGUUCUUGUGAAGAAGUCUGUUAUUAAUUUAAUUUUUAUUCCUUUUAAUGUAACCUGCUUUUUUCUCUCUGGAAGUUCUUAGCCUUCUCUUUAUCCAUUAUUUUAUGCAAAUUAGUCCACUUGCUGGGACAUUUUCUUAUUGGCUUCUUUACUUUCAUAUUCACAUUUAUGAUUUCUAAGAGUUUUUUUUUUUCCUGUUCUGUUCCCUUUGCAUAUUAUGUUGUUCUUAUUUUAUGAACUAAUUGCUUAUCUCAAGAUUUUUUUUUUUUUUUUUUGUUUAAAGAUUUUAUUUAUUUAUUUGAGAGGGAAAGAGAGAGGGAGAGAGAGAGAGUGUGCAAGAGCAGGAGGAGGGAGAAGCAGGCUUCCCGCCGAGCAAGGAGCCCGAUGUGGGACUCAAUCCCAGGACCCUGGGAUCAUGACCUGAGCCGAAGGCAGUCGCUUAACCGACUGAGCCACCCAGGUGCCCCGAUUUUCUUCUUUUUUGAGUAAUAAUUCAAAUACAGUAAACACAAAUUUAACGUAUACAACUUGUUGAGUUUUGACAUUUCUUUACACCCAUGAAACUCACUGCAAUUAAGAUAAAUAUACCACACCACAAAGUUUCUUUGUGCCUCUUUGUAAUUCCUCCUUCCUGCCUUUCCUUGCCCCCUUCAAUUCCCAGGCAACCACUGAUCUGCUGUCACUAUAGUUUGUAAUUUCUAGAAUUUUAUGUAAAUGGAAUCAUACAGUAUAUAUACUAGCUUUUCUCAAAGCAAAAUUAUUUUGAAAUUCAUCAUUUUGUUGAUAGUUUAUUCCUUUUCAUUGCUGAGCAGUAUUCCAUUAUAGAAAUAUACCACAAUUUGUUUAUCCAUUCACCUGUUGAUGGACAUUUGGGUUGUUUCCAAAUUUUGGCUAUUACCAAUAAAGCUGUUAUGACUAUUCAUGUACAAAUCUUUGUAUGGAUAUGCUUUCAUUUUUCUUGAGUAAAAAUCUAGGGGUAAAAUGACUGGGCCAUAUGGUAGGUGUAUGUUUAAUUUUUUAAGAAACUACCAAACCUGGGGCACCUAGGUGGCUAAGUUGGUUAAGCAUCCGACUCUUGAUUUCGGCUCAGGUCACGAUCUCAGGGUCGUGAGAUUGAGUCCCGAGUUGGGCUCUGUGCUCAUCUGGGAGUGCUUGAGAUUUUCUCCCUCUGCCCCUCCCCCAACUCAUGCUUGCUCUCUCUCUGGCUGUCUUUCUGUCUCUCAGAUAAAUAAAUCUUUAAAAAAAACCCAAACCACCAAACUUUUCCAAAGUGGUUAUACUAUUUUAUAUUCUCACUAGCAGUGUAUGAAUUCCAGAUGAUCCCAUCCUUACAAAGGAUUGUUUGUUGCCAGUAUAUAGAAAUUCAGGUGAUUUUUGUACAUUGAUCUUAUAUUCUGCAGCCUUGCUAAUAAAUUCACUUGUUAGUUUUGGUACCUUUUUUGUAGAUCGCAUCAGUUUCUGUAUCUAUGAUCAUCAGCAAAUAAACACAUUUUUACUUGUUCCUUUCCGAUUUGGAUGCCUUUUAUUUAAUUUUUUUGCCAUAUUGCACUGGCUAGAACUCCAGUACAAUGUUUAAUACAAGUAAUACAGGUAACUUGUUGCUGAUCUUAGGAGGAAAACAUUUAGUCUUUCACUAUUAUGUUAACUAUAAUGUUAGCUGUAUCUCCUAGAUACCCAUUAUCAACUUUACACUCUUGAGAGUGUUAUUAGAAGUGGAUACUGGAUUUUGUCAAAUAGUUUAUCUGCAUCUGUUGAGAUGAUCAUAGUGUUGUGUUUUUUAAAGUCCAUUAAUUAGACAAUUAUACUAUUUGAUUUUCCAGUGUUAAGCCAGUCUUGCAUUUCUGGUCUUAAUUCAUUCUGCACUUGGUUCUUAAAGUAUUAUCCUUGUAAAGUAAUAGCAUUGGGUUGAUUCGCUAAAAUUUUAUUAUGCAUUUUUGCAUCUGCCUUAAUAAGGGAUAUUGGUCUAUACUUGUAAUUUCUUGAUCUGGUCUUGGUGUCAGAGUAAUGUUGGCCUCACAGAAUGAAUUGGGAAGUAUUUCUACCUCUUCAAAUUUUCUGGAAGAGUUUGUAUAGAAGAAUUGGUACUUCUUUUUGGGUAACCUUUGUAGUCUUUCAAGGAAUUUGACCAUUUCAUCUAAGUUGUUAAAUUUAUUAACAUGAAAUUAAUAACAUUCCCUUAUUAGCCUUUUCCUUAUUUAUUUAUGUUUGUUUAUUUAUUUUAAAGAUUUUUAUUUAUUUAUUUAGAGAGAACCAGGAUGCAGUUAGGGAGAGGGGGAAAGGGAGAGAGAGAAUCCCAGGUAGACUUUGCUCUGAGCACAGAGCCCAAUGGAGGGUGGGGGAGCUCGAUCUCACAACCCCAGGAUCAUAACCUGAGCAGAAAUCAAGAGUCAGAUGAUUAACCGAGUGAGCCACCCAGGCCCCUGCCUUUUAUAUAGUAUUCUCUAGUGAUGGUUAUCUUUCCCAUUCUUGGUAUCAGUAAUUUGUGUUUUCUCUCUUCUAAUCAGUCUAGCGAAAAGUUUAUGAACACUAUGAUGUAGUACUUUCUUUAAAAAAAAAAAACAGCUUUUGUUUUACUGAUUUUUCUCUAUUUUUCUAUUUUCUAUUCAUUAAUUUCCAUUCUGAUAUUUAUUAUGUCCUUUUUUCUGCUUACUUUGUGUUUCAUUUGCUCUUUUUCUAGUUUCUUUAUAUGGUUGCUAAGACCGUUUUGAGACCUUUCUUUUCUAAUUUAGUAAGGGAUGUUACGAACUAGAGAGAUAUAUUCAUGCAGUCUCUGUUUAUGCCUUGCCCUUUUUUUAAAAUCAACUUUACUGAGGUAUACUUUACAUGCAAUAAAAUGUACCCAUUUUAAGGGUACAUUUUGCUGAGCUUUGACAAAUUUAUGCACCUGUGAAAUCAUCACAACAAUCAAGAUUGAUAGAACAUUCCUACUAUCCCCCAAAUUUCCCUUGUGCUCCAUCUCAGUCAUUCUGUCCCUGCCCAGCUCCUGCACUGGGAAAGCACUGAUUUCUUUUUGGUCACUCUAAUUAGAUUUGUCUUUUCUAGAGUUUCAUAUAAAUUGAGUCAUGAAAUAUGUGUCCUUUUGUGUUUGGCUUAUUUUACUUGGAGUAAUUUUUACAUAUUUACCUUUGUUGUUGUGUGUAUAUAGUAGUUCUGUAGUUUACUGCUGAAUUUUUCCUUGUAUUAAUAUACUGUAGUUUAGUCACUUGUUGAAAGACAUCUGUGCUUCUAGUCUUUGGCUGUUAUGAAUAAAGCAUCUAUGAACAUUCAUAUAUGGGUUUUUGUAUAGAUGUGUAUUUUCAUUUCUCCAAGGUAAAUAAUUAGAGUGGAAUUGCUGAGUCAUAGAGUGUUUGUAUAACUUUUCCAAAGUGAUCAUACUAUUUAUUGUGAGUUUUGUAUUGCAAAGGCUUAGGUUCUUUUUUAUAUAUGCAUAUGUAGUUAUUCUAGCACCAUUUGUUGAAAAGAUGAUCCUUUCCAUGGAUUUCUGAAUUCUCUAUUCUGUUCCACUGAUAUACAUGUCUGUUCUUACGCCAAUAUUAUACUGUCUUGAUUACUAUAACUUACAGCAAGUCUUGAAAUUAUUUGGAUUUCUAUAACUUUUAAAAAAAAUUAACUUCAGCUUGUCAGUUUGUUCAAAAACACCUGUUGGGUAUUUCAUUGGGAUUGUGUUGAAUCUAUAAUAGAUCAAUUUGGGGAGAACUGACAUCAUAACAAUACUUGAGCCUUCUAAUCUGUGAACAGGAUAUAUUUCUCCAUUUAUUUAUGGCCUUGUUAAUUUCUGUCAGUAACAUCUUGUAGUUUUUAUUGUACAGAUCUUGCACGUAUUUGGUUAAAUUCAUCAGUAUCUCAGUGCUUUUUUAUAAUUUAAUAAAUGGUCACCACCAUAAGUAUAGUCACCAUACAAUAUUAUUAAAAUAUUACAAUAUUCUGUAUGCUGUAUUUUUCAUCUCCAUGACUUGCUUAUUUUAUAACUGGAAGUUUGUACCUCUUAAUUUCCUUUAUCUAUUUCACCCAUUCCCCCACCCACCUUCCUGUUGGCAACCACAAGUUUGUCCUCUCUGUUUAAGAGUGUGUUUGAGUCUUUCUUGUUUUUUUGUUCAUUUGUUUUGUUUUUUCGGUUCCACAUAUAAGUGAACUCAUAUUUGUCCUCUGUCUGACUUAUUUCUCUAACGUUAUACCACCUAGGCCCAUCCAUAUUGUUGCAAAUGAUAAGAUCUCAUUCUUUUUUAUGGCCGACUAAUAU